GAUGGGAAUCGCGUAAGGGAGGGGACGCAAGCGGCGCAGAACCCGGAUGCUGAUGCUGCUCGUGUCGGAUGGGGAGAAGGAAUACAGGGAGAGUGAGAGCUAGAAAACAGAGAAAGGCCCCACUGACAGAGGGACUGCUACCCUUGCGGUCGCAAGGCACCCAAAGCGCACGGAUUAACACCAGGGGUUUUCAAGCGACCGUAAACGCGGCGCGGAGAGAAUGAGUGGCCGCGCGGUAGCCGAGGUGACGGGAGGAGAGCGAGAGGAGAUGCUGUGAUGUGCACAUAGCGAGCUGGAGAGGGAGGGGGAGAGGAGGCUCCUACGGUAGUUAAAGAUGCUUGUUUUUUGACCAGGAAUGUGUUCCGUAACGAAUAAAGCACGGGAUUUCUGCGCCGACACCAUAGCUGACAAUAGCGCAAUGCACACUUGGCACGCGCGCGGCGGAUUCGCUGGCGGAUUCAUGUGACGGAAGACACUGAGGCUUUCUUUCGCGAAAGGGUGGCUGUUUUCUCCCGUACAAUUCUCCUGUAUUUCCGGAUGUGAGGCCUGGAAGAUAUCGUAGUUUAUAUGACGGGCACGGGACGCUCCUCUUUCACGUCCUCAGAUUGAUCCAAAUCAGACAAAACACUUUGAAGAGUGAAGGAGACACCGAAGCGCGGUCAGAAUAAUACGCGCAAGGUGUAACAGACCGGAUGUGCGCCUCUUUCGCAGGAUAGAUGUGGCCAAGUUUUUAAUAAAUAGGUCACUUCCACUUCCAUGAAUAUAUUCAUAAAGAGAUAACAUUACCGGUGAGAAUGAACUGAUGACUCGAGCAGGCUUCCUAAUAUCCCUGCUAUCUUUAUCAGUCAUAAGUCUCCAUCCUCAUUUCACAGCUAUUAUCUGAUGUAGUCCUAUAGUAUCGGCCCAUAUGCUGACAGAUCUGGUCGUGUCCCCUCAACAGACCCCACUGGCCGCGCAGUUCUCUAUAACAGCUAUAGCUAGACGUAUAUGCUCGACCGGACACGCAACCACUUUUUAAUCUCUGAUUUAUCUGAGGUAAAAGAUGCAUUAGCGGGAACUUUAAGGAGACGGCAGAUGUUUGGGAGUAGGCCACGGCACUGACAUCACGCCUCAGCAUCCCUGUGUCAUCAUCGCUCACCGUCUGUGAUGUCUGUACGGCGGAGCUAUUACGUGAGCAGGACAGACACCAGUGGAUACAUUGUGAAAAUACACUGAUUUACCCCCUUUAUAUUGUGACACAAAACGAACGCAAUGUCCAGUAAGGAGCUGUCGGGGAGUCAGGCAGCUCAGUAUGUCGGGCCCUACCGACUGGAAAAGACGCUGGGGAAGGGCCAGACAGGUCUGGUGAAGUUAGGAGUUCACUGUAUCACAACACAGAAGGUGGCCAUAAAGAUAGUUAACAGAGAAAAGCUAUCAGAGUCUGUUCUUAUGAAAGUGGAGAGAGAGAUAGCUAUUCUUAAACUAAUAGAACACCCUCAUGUCCUAAAACUGUAUGAUGUGUACGAGAAUAACAAAUAUCUGUAUUUAGUGCUGGAACAUGUAUCUGGUGGGGAGUUAUUCGACUACCUGGUUAAGAAAGGCAGAUUGACCCCUAAAGAGGCACGAAAGUUCUUCAGACAAAUCAUAUCUGCCUUGGAUUUCUGUCAUAGUCAUUCUAUAUGUCACAGAGAUCUUAAACCUGAAAACCUCCUUCUGGAUGAGAAGAAUAAUAUCAGGAUCGCUGACUUUGGCAUGGCCUCCCUACAGGUUGGGGACAGUCUGCUGGAGACCAGUUGCGGAUCACCCCAUUAUGCAUGUCCUGAGGUUAUCAGGGGAGAGAAAUACGAUGGACGUCGAGCAGAUGUAUGGAGUUGUGGGGUUAUACUCUUUGCUCUGUUGGUGGGAGCGUUGCCCUUUGACCAUGAUAACCUGCGUCAGCUGCUGGAGAAAGUGAAGAGUGGAGUAUUUCACAUGCCUCACUUCAUUCCUCCAGACUGCCAGGCUCUGCUUCGUGGCAUGAUUGAGGUCAACGCUGAGAAACGCCUCACGUUGGAAGAAAUACAAAAGCACCCCUGGUAUCAAGGGGGCAGGAAUGAGCCGUGUCCAGAGCAGCCGCCACCGAGGCGUGUGUGUGUUAAGAGGAUUCUGUCUCUCACAGAUCUGGACCCCGAUGUCCUAGAGAGCAUGCAUUCCCUGGGCUGCUUCAGAGACCGAGUCAAGCUGACCAGAGACCUGCAAUGUGAAGAAGAAAACCAGGAGAAGCUGAUCUACUACCUUCUGUUGGACAGAAAGGAGCGCUACCCUAGUUAUGAAGAUGAGCAUCUUCCUCCCAGAAAUGACGUUGAUCCUCCCCGUAAGCGGGUGGACUCGCCCAUGUUGACUCGUCAUGGGCGCUGUCGGCCGGAGAGAAAGAGUCUGGAGGUACUGAGUGUGACAGAGCAGGGCUCUCCAACACCCCCCCGCAGAGCACUGGAUACCUCUGCACACAGCCAGAGGUCUCGGUCUGUUAGUGGAGCAUCAACUGGCCUCUCAUCCAGCCCCCUCAGCAGCCCUCGAAGCCCAGUUUUCACUUUCAGCCAAACUGAAGUCACCUCUGCUUCCGCCACCCAGUCCAAAGACCCCAAAGCUGGAAGUUCCACCACACCCCGGGCGUCCCAGCGUGCGCCUGAGCAAAAAACCCAGACCCUGCCCACAAAAGCAGCUUCUGACCGCCCCCACCUACAGUCUAUGAAGUCCCUCCCCCUGCAGACUCCCCCGUCCCCCUCGCCCUCCCCUUCUCCGCUCCUGUCCCCCAUCCCUCGCUUCUUCUUCCCUGCUCCUUCUGUCCUGAAGUCUGUCACUAAGACCAUCUAUCCUAACUCUGCCCAUGUGUCGCAGGUUACCCCGCAGGGCUCCCCACUCCCCACCCCUCUGGGGACCCCUGUGCACCACCCCCAGCACCCCCCUCCCACCCCGCCCUCCUCCUCCUCCUCCUCGUCCUCCUCGCGGGCUGAAGGAGGUGGUGGUGGUGGUGUGGGUGGUGGUUCCCUGUCCCUCACCCCACCCUCUAGUCCUGGGGGAAGUGGUGGAAUGGCUGCCAGUAGUUCAGCCCACUGGAGGACGCGCCUCAACUCCUUCAAGAACAACCUGCUGGGCUCGCCACGCUUCCACCGCCGGAGGCUACAGGUUCCUACGUCAGAAGACAUGUCCAGUUUAACUCCAGAGUCCAGCCCAGAGUUGGCAAAGAAGUCGUGGUUCGGAAAUUUCAUCAGUCUGGAGAGGGAAGAGCAGAUUUUUGUGGUGAUAAGAGACAAACCUCUAAGCUCCAUCAAGGCUGACAUCGUCCAUGCUUUUCUAUCCAUCCCCUCCCUGAGUCACAGUGUCAUCUCUCAGACAAGUUUCCGGGCGGAGUACAAGUCCUCCGGAGGUCCGUCUGUCUUCCAGAAGCCAGUCAAAUUUCAGGUUGACAUCGCCUUCUCUGAGGGAGAAAGAGAACGUGAGAGGGACAAAGACAGAGAGAGGGAGGGAAGGAGGGAGACAGGCAUCUACAGCGUCACCUUUACUCUAUUAUCAGGUCCUAGUCGCAGGUUUAAAAGAGUGGUAGAGACCAUUCAAGCUCAGCUUCUCAGCACACAUGACCAGCCGUCUGUGCAGGCACUGGCAGAUGAGAAGAAUGGGCUUUCGUCCCGUCCACCCAGCACACCGACCCGUCAGAACUCUCGUCGCUCGGAGGGCGGAGGUGAUCGCGGGGAGCGGGCAGAGCGCGCCGAUCGAGGAGAAGGGAGCAGUAUUGGUGGUAGCGUGAGUGUACUACAAAGGAAGGGAUCUGGCAAAGAUAAAACUCGCCUCCUUUCCUCAAAUGGGACCCAGUCUCAACCCUAAGUGAACUAAUCAGACAAGCUGUAAAGGGGUUGACACGAGUCGCUCAUGGUCCAUCUGCACAACACACAACGACAGGUAAACUUAGCCCUGAAUUUCACAUCACACCCUGGGAUCCAACUGUAACAAGUCAGGAGUCUGUCUACACGGAAGUGUUCUUACAUGCAAGUCAUCGUCAGAAGAAAAAAUUAUAAUAUCGCUUUUCCGAUUCUAAGCAUUUACAAACGUGAAAUAUACACCCCAGCAACAAAUUAUUCGGUUCACUACAAAGAAGGAUCAAUGCUCAAGUGAUCUAAUGGCAACAAACUAGACAAACCAUGGGACAGAAAAGAAUGUCUCUCAAACUUAUCAUCAUCAUCUUCAUCUCCAUCAUCGUCAUUAUAAGCAAUGAUCAUCAGAAAAAUCAGAAUAAGCUGCUUAAGGUAGAGAAAAGCAAACAGAAUGGCAAAAAGCAGGACCUUCUUCAUUCUUAACACCACUUGGAGCACAAAAAAAGGAUUUCUAAAACUUUUUUUUAUUAUUAAAUUUUGUAUCACAAAAUGCAAUUAUAGUCUUACAUGACUAUACCCUCAUGAUCUGAGGAUGUGUGUUAAGUGUUGAAGAUAUAGCCUGUGUUGUUGUAGAUCCUAAAAAUUGGUCACUGAAAGAUAUGCAGUGGAAAGAUGGCCACCGGAAGCUACACUUGGAGAAUGUUGUCAAAACUGGGCUGUUGUAAGUCAUGGCAGUUCUCAGACUAUACCAGAUCCACCCCACUCACUAAACAGGCACAGAGGCUUAGAGAUUUCCUAUGACAUGUUCAAACACAGACCGAACAAGAGGAAUGAAAUAGCCUGUCGUGCUCUUGUGUCCUACAAUUAGACAAGAAAAAAUAUGCCUUCGCCAUCUUAACCAUCAUUUGUUUUUCCAUUUCUUGUUUAGAUUAUAUUUUUGUUAUAUUCUGAAAUAACUUGUUUCCAUUGAGUAAAUGGAAAAAAAGUGAAUGUGAAAAAAAACAAAAAUAGAAAUGUUGAACUAUUUAUUGAUUUAAAAACACGUUAUUUAUUUAUUUAUUUAUUUAUUUAUUUAUUUAUUUAUUUAUUUAUUUAUUUAUUUGAUGGAUUGUUUGCUAAAUGUUCAGGCUGGUAAAAUAAAAAUCGCACAGGUUACAAUUUAGAAAAUCGUUUAAAAAAACGACCCAUUUCUGUUUGUUCCCAAAUAUCUUCUAACAAUGCUGCAAAAGUCCUCUAAAAGACAUUUCAGUAGUUUCCUGUCUCAUUUUCAUUUCAUAUCACAUAAAAACAGAAGCCAACUCACAAAGGAGAAAAACUGGAGAGUAAUGAAAAAUCAACCAAGCAAUGACUCCAUGCCUUGGAUGUCUCCCACAGGGAGAACAUUUUAAAGCCCUCCAGGAUGCACGUAAACCUAAAGACUGAAGUGAACCUUAUGGAAGACGAGGAACAAACGGGGAACGAGAAUGAAGCCCUCCAUGUUCGCUCUCCAUCUUUGAGAAUGUUACCCAGACAAAAGCCCAAAGUUUCGGACUCGUAUGUACCAGGCCAGCCCCUCGUACGAAACGCGAGCAGUAUUCUGUCUUUUUCACACACAUGCACACACACGCACACACACAAGAAGACUCAAAACUGACAAUAUGAAACAAAAUGAAUGAUAACUGGACUUUGAAACUGGAAUGCACUGUCCUAAAAAGAGAAUUGUAUUCAAACAAAUAGUUGUCCCUUUUCUCGCCCACCCACGGGAAUGGGUGAAGUGCUCUCUUAAGUGCAGACUCAGGAUCAGCAGGGCUUUUUACUGCAUUACGGUUGUGAAUGGAAGGAACCUGAUCCUGAACAUCCACUUAAAAGCUCUUUCUCCAAUGAGUCUUGGCCCUGAAGCCCAGAAUCUGACCGUAAAGCGCCCCCCUGCCUCUCUCUCUUUCACCCUCCAGUCCACUCUUUUCCUGACGCAAAGAGCACUAAAUGCAAAGCAAGGUUUUGCUCUGGUCCUCCCUCUGCCACCAUCCUGCAGCCAUCACGUUAACUUCUACCCAAAAAUAGCAUAGCGGAAACGACAACGAGGACUGUUUUGUCAUCCAGCAGCUCCUGCGUCUUCCUAAAUUGAUUUCGAAUAGCACAUUGACUUUUCUUCACUACUGUUGAAUGUUUAGGAGCAGAUAUAAUAAGGAGUACGUCCUUGUUUUAGUACACUAUGAAUGCCUUAAAUCCACAUCUACCAAACGGUCAAGCACGUGCGCUCUCAAAUAUGCCCGGUCAUGAGGCAGAGGAAACGCCAGAGCAAAACCCUGACGAUGUUUGCGUGUUCAGUUCUGUUAGUUCUCAGGCAGGGUAAGUCUGGGAGUGUGCAAAUACAGACUGUCUGUCCAGCUCUGAGUGAAUGUGAAAUACACUCCACACACUUUCUCUGAUCAUGACGCUCUCCCGCUCUGUGUGUCCCCGUCCCCCUUCCCCCUCCCUUUCACAUUAUGCACUGAAUGAGAUUCUGUUUUAGUUACUCGCCUCCACAUACAGCACACGUAUCACAUUUCAUAUGUAUCGUUAGUCUUCACUUAUUUACCAUACAUUAUAUACCUCGUCCCGCUCCCGAUCAUAGAAUUAUACUUUAGACCAAUCUCCUUCCCUCGUCUCUCAUUAUAUACAUACGCCCUGCCUGUCCCCAGUGUAUGCUCACCCCCUCCCCCUUCAUCUCUGUUCAUUGUAAACAGAAAAUAUUACUCAUAUCUUCAUUCUUUAUCCAUUCUAUAUUCACCUGAUGAUUAUUGAUUAUCUUUGUCGUCAUUACUGAUUACUCCUCUUAAGAUUGUAAAGCUGUACUCUUUCUUUCCCAUUGCGCACAGUAGGAACUUUUUUCAUAAGAAAUGCAAGUCAUUAAAUUGGAGGGAAAAAAAUAAUGACGAGAAAAUAAAUGUCUGUGUUAUAAUUACAAAAAAAUGAAAGUGCACUAUUAUUAUUGCCUGUGAUAAAGAACAAUAAACAAUACAAAAACAA